AUGAAAAAGCAAAACGAGAGUAGUAGCUCUUAAAUUCAAAGAGAGGGAAAGGUUAAGUUGGGGUUUGUUAUUUCAAAUACUCCAUAAAAUAAUUUAAAUACUGUAGUUAAAAAGAAAGAGAAAUCUAUGUCACCUUAAUCAUAAAAUUUAAAUACAUUAAAUUAAGUUGGAUAGAUUGAAAGCUAGUAAACAGUAUAAGCCAAAGUUUAAAAAACAGAAAAAUAGUAUAUUUCUAAGCUAGAAACUCAAUUGAAAGUUUAAAAUAAAAAGAAAAAUGAUUUAGUCGAUAGCAAUCAUAAUUUAGAAUAUCUAUUGAAGCUUUAAGAUUAAAAACUGUAAACAUAUAUUGAAGAAAUUAAGUAAUUAAGAAAUUACAAUGAGCAGCUUUUUAAAGAGAAUAAGCAGCUACACCUCAAAGUUGAAGGGUUCGCUUAAGAAAGGAAUAAUUUAUUAGCAGAUAACAAACUUCUUAAAGAAACUGUGAAAAAAUUAGAAAUUAGACUUUCUCUUAUUGUUCGUCCUACACAAAGAAAGAAUAUUUUAAAAACAAUAUCUGAUUUUUCAAGAGAAAAUCAAUAUGUUGAUGCAACCUUACUUUAAAAUGAAUAAACAAUUUAGUAGUACGCUUCAAAUUAUUAAUCAAACAAAGAAAAUGAUAAUUUAUAUUAGAGCAGAAGCAAUAGCCCAAGAUUGUAAGAAAAUAACUUUUUUGAAGGUAAUAUUAACAACUUGCAAAGAGAGUCAUUAAGCAAUUUGCAUUAGAGAAAUUUAAGUAACAAUAGCUUAAAUCAAUAAAAAACUAAGACAAAUACCUUUACGUGUUCUUAAACUGGCAAUAACUACAAUUAGAACAAUGCAUCAAUUUAAGGAGGUUCUUCUUCAUCCAAUUCUAGAACUUAGCUUAAUAUUUUUCCUUAAAGCUAAUAAUAUGUUAGUUAAAUGAAUUCAAACAGAAGCAGUCAAUAAUUUUCUUAAGUACAAUAAAACAGUGCUCAUUUUAACAAUCAAACUAAUAACUCAAACUCACUUUUAUAGACAGCAAACCUUAAGACAGAAUAAACAAACUAAGAACAGUAUUUAAAAAAAUUACAGGAACAAAUAAAAGUACUAGAAGAUGAAAGAGAAACUUACCAAUAUGAAAUAAAAUUAUUAAACUAAGCUUUAACUAAAGAUUCAAGUAAUGAAUAAAUGUAAAAGCUUAUUAAAGAUUUAGUUGAGAGUAAACAGCGUAUUAGCUAAUUCACUAAAAACUAAACUUUUUUAGAAGAAAAAAUCACUUAAUUUGAAAAAUUAAUUGAUUAAUACACUCACCACAAUCCUUUUGAAAUGGACAGAGCGAGCUUAGAAAGAAAAAAUAUAUUUUUAAUUUAAGAAAAUUAAAAUUAUGCAGAAACCAUUCAAAAACUUGAAGAAGAAAUUAAACUUUUAAAAAGCAGCAAUAAUCGUUCACUUUAAAUUUAGUAAUUAGAAGCAGACAAACUUUCAGGUAGUAACUACAAUUAUUUAACAACAAAUUCGAGUGGAAGAGAUAUUAGAAGGUAAAUGAAGGAAAACUAAUCUCCUUUAAGUAAUAGGAGUUUGAGUGGAAGCCUAUCUUAAAGUCCUCAUCAUUCUUCAGGAACUCUAUAAGCAGGUUCAAAAUCAGAAAAAUUAACUCUCGCUGCAUCUAUCAAAAACCAAAAAAUUAACAGCAAAGGUAAGAAUGCUCUCUAAAAUUGUUGUAAAGAUGUAAAACGCCUAGGAAGCAAAACAAAAACUUCAGAUAAAUAUAAUAUAAACUAUAAAAGUAGCAACAAUGGUGCAAAUUAUGACCUUGAUGAAACUCGUAGACUUCUUUAGGUUGAAAAGUAAAAAAACCAGCUUCUUUCUAAAAUGCUGGAAGAAGAAUAAGAAAAAACUAGUGAAUAUCUGGUUUACAAAGAGGAAAUCGAUUUCUAUCAUCAAAAAAAUAAAUAGUUACAAAAUGAUAUACUAUUACUUUAAAGCUAGCUCAAUUAAAUAUAGCUAUCAAACUUAUCAAUUAAAGUACCUAUGUAAUAAACUUAAAUCUAAGAAGCUAAUUCUCCGAGGUAAGUAUCUAUGUCUCCUCGAUAGUAAAUAAAAAGAAUUUGUAAUACCUAGCAACCUAUUUAAGGUAACAUCAAGAGACCUUAAUCACCUAAUCAAUCUCAAGGUAAUUUGAAUUAUGAACCAAGAUCUCCAAGUCAAUCUUGUAAAUCUGCUCGAAGAAAUACUCAAUAAACAGAUGGUUAUUCUAGUGAUGAAGAAGGAGUGAGAAAAUGUAGAGUUCCUGGAAUAGCAGCUGGAAUGAGUAAAGGUAAAAACAACUAUAAUAAAAGAGGAGGAGGAAACGAAGAAUAGAGUGAUUAAAUAUUAGCAUUUAUGUAAAUAGAAAAAGAACUUAAUUAAGAAUUAUAAAAAAAAGAAAAAUAAAUAGAAAAUAUCAUAAACUCAAGAAAUUUAAUGUAAAAAACGCUAGGAGAUUAGAUAAUAAUUAUUAAAAAUCAAAAUAAAUAAUUAAACGAGCAAACCCGUGACUUAGAAAACCAAAUAAUUAUAUUAAAUGAGGAAGUAAAAUCUUUAAGAGUAUUAGUAAAGAGAGCUGAAAAGAAAAAUUUAAUUGGAAACGAUUUUAUUCCAAAUAACGAUUGA